UAAUAGGUUAUUGAUGUAGACCAAUGUUGACCCAUAUUCUAAUUUACAUUAUUAAUGGAGUGUAUUUGUGUUCCUUGAUAAAGACUCAUCUUUUACAUAAAGAUAGGAUAUUUUAACAGUUCGCAAAAAAUGGUAAAUAAUGUAACUUAUUUUAGUUUUACUAGCAACCCAACCCAAAUCUAUGACCAAAAAACAAUAAGUCAGUAAAGUGUUUUUUAUUUUAUUAUUUUUCUGAAAACAAUAGAAAAAUCUAAAAUAAAAUAUAUAAAUAUCUAAUAAAAUAAUACAAAAUUAUCAAGUAAUAUUAAAUAUGAAAUUGAGCCAUAAUGUGGUCGAGUUUUGUUAUUAGUAAAAAAAAUCAAGUGCAAAUAUCCGCUUUUUAACAAUAUGGCCGCCAUAAUUGUUUAGGGUAAUGUGGCGUUUAGCAGAACUGUGUGAAAUUGCAAAUAUAUUUUUUUGUGACACCAAAAUGUAUAAAGUUUUCAGUGUUUUAUAGCAGUGUUUAAUGCGGAGACUAUAUUUAAAAUAUUUUGGAUCCUGUGCAAAUUACUGAACGACCAGAAAUCUCCUUGUAAAAUUUAACAGUCAACAAACUUUUGUUUAUUUCGUUGGAGUGCUAUUUGUUAAUUUCUGCAUUGAAUACUUGAUUAUGAGCCACCGAUACGCUUCCUGAAUUAGUGGAUUAAGGACUGACGUCGAUAAUAUAGGAUGUGGAUAUCCCAUGUCCAAGGAAUGGUUCUAAACUUAAGUCAUUAAUGCACUGCCUAGCAUAGAAUAUUGUUUAAAUUGGAGCAUGUUUCAUCUAUGAAAUUUUGUGUAAAUUGUAAAGUAAACAUUAUUUUACUUUCUGAAAUGUUAUGGCAAACUUGAAUUUCCAACAAGCGCCUAGAAGCCUCACAAGUGGCGGGGUGGGGGGGCGAGUGGGCUCCGGCCUGGUGGGGGGCGUGUCCGGCCAUGUGACGCCCACGUUCGGGGGCGCCCUGUCCCCGGGGCGCAGCUCGGCAUCCAUGCCCUCCGCGCCACCCUCCAUGGCCUCUAGAACAACACUAUUUGGACAGCGAGCAUUCGCUGACCGGAGAGUACCCAUUCCUACACCUUUAUCUCAAGCUAAUUCUAAUGCUAUGUCAAGUAUGAGCGGGGUCUCCCGCUUCAACGCGGGCGGCAGCUACCACUCGGUGUUCGGCGAGGGCGGCGACACGUCGACGCCGCCGCUGCUCGACCUCAGCGAGUUCCCGUCGCUCACGGCGCGGGGCGCGGGCGACCAGGCCCCCGCCGCCGCGCCGCCGCCGCCUGGCUCUAAGCCGUACGUGGGUAUGGUGAAGCAGCCAACGUCAGAACAGUCCGAGUUCACGAUGUCAUCGGAAGACUUCCCCGCGCUGCCCGGCACCUCAGGCCCAGGCGCGGUGGCGGCGCAGUUGACGGGAGCCACCCUGCCGCCGCCGCCGCACGGCACGGAACAUGUUGCGACGAGUCAAGAUGAUGACAAGCCACGGAAGGGGAUACAGACCUCGACUGACGGCAAAGUAACGAAUAUACCGGAGACGAUGAUCCCGAACCAGUUCGGCAUCGUGGGGCUGCUGACGUUCAUCCGCGCGGCGGAGUCGGACCCGAGCCUCGUGUCGCUGGCGCUGGGGCAGGACCUCACGGCGCUCGGCCUCAACCUCAACUCGCCCGACAACCUGUACCUCACGUUCGCGGGCCCGUGGGCCGACACGCCUUGUCGACCACAAGACAUGGACUACCACGUGCCGCCCGAGUACCUCAUCAACGGCGCGAUCCGCGAGAAGCUGGCGCCGCUGCGGCUGAGCCGGUACAAGGAGGACCUGCUGUUCUAUUUGUUCUACUGCUUCGUGGGCGACGUGCUGCAGAUCGCCGCCGCCGCUGAGCUAUACAACCGCGAAUGGCGGUACCACACGGAAGAAAAAGUAUGGAUCUCUCAAGCGCCCGGCAUGCCCAUGGUGGAGAAGACGGCCACCUACGAGCGCGGCACCUACUACUUCUUCGACGCGCACAACUGGCGCAAGGUGGCCAAGGAGUUCCACUUAGACUACAGCAAGCUCGAGGGACGGCCGCAGUUGCCGCCGCACGUCUUCACCUAGCCCCCCACAUCUCUAUAUUAUACUACUUAUAUUAAAAAGUACAACGUUUA